AUGGCAGAGUGGGAAAGUGUGGGAUUAAAUCAAGCCAGUGUGGGAGAGGGCAGGACUGGUCAAACCAGUGUGGGAGAGGGCGGGACUGGUCAAGCCAGCAUGGGAGCAGGUGAGAUUGGUCAAACCAGUGUGGGAAAGGGCAGGAUUGGUCAAACCAGUGUGGGAAAGGGCAGGAUCGGUCAAGCCAGUAUGGGAGAGGGUGGGAUUGGUCAAACCAGUAUGGGAACAGAUCACCCAGCUCUAUUUCUUAAUGUAGACGGUGUCUAUAAGGACAUCCUGUUGGAUCUGGAACGCACCAAUAACAGCAGUGGCGAGAUUCAGGAGUGGUGGAUCGUGGACCAGCCAUCUGCAGAGAAGAUCGACAUCAGAUCUAGAGCGAAGGCGGAGAGGAAAGGGGAGGCUGGACUGCAGCUGUAUGUCUUCAAUGAUAAAGUUAGUCCUCCCAGCCUGGGCUUCCUUGCUGGCUAUGGUAUCAUGGGUCUGUAUGCCUCCGUGGUGCUGGUCAUAGGCAAGUUCGUGCGCGAAUUCUUCAGUGGGAUCUCGCACUCUAUCAUGUUUGAGGAGCUGCCCUGUGUGGAUCGCAUCCUCAAACUGUGCACCGACAUCUUCCUGGUGCGAGAGACUGGAGAGCUCGAGCUAGAGGAAGACCUGUACGCCAAGCUCAUCUUCCUCUACCGCUCACCUGAGACUAUGAUCAAGUGGACCAGAGAGAAGACUAAAUGACCCACAAGAGUCUACAGGGAAUAAAAAGAAACGAGGCGCAAGAUGAAGGACGUGCCGGCAGAGGAGUCUGUCCACAUAAUCAGUGCGCUCACACGAUAAUGAAUAAGAAAAUGGCCUCCAAAUGUGGAGUCUUCAACAAUGUGACCUACAGGUUGAGCUAAACCGAACCUGAAAAGCUAAAGGACUGGGGGAAUAGAGCAGCUGCCAUAAACUUUAAUAAGCAGGGCUGAGC